AUGGCACAGAGUUCAGGGACAGUAUAUACAGACAAGCUGUUUAAAGUUUUAGUCAUUGGGGAUCCAGGUGUUGGGAAAAGCAGCUUUGUACUGCGUUAUGUUAGAAAACGCUUUGAUGAAAAUUACAGGUCAGAUAUUGGAGUUGACUUUGCUCUGAAAAGGAUUGAAUGGGAUGCUAAGACAGUGGUGAGACUGCAGCUUUGGGAUAUUGCAGGCCAGGAGAGGUUUAAGAAGAUGUCCAGAGUGUACUACAAAGGGGCGAUGGGAGCAGUAGUGGUCUUUGACAUUACAAACAGCUCCACCUUGGAGGCCGCCUCAGAGUGGAAACAGGACCUGGAUAGUAAAGUCUGUCUCGACAGCGGAUGCCCGAUCCCUGCUGUCCUGCUGGCCAACAAAUGUGACUUGACAGGAAGGGACAGAGACUUGGUGUCCUCCUUGGACAGCUUCUGUAAAGAUAACAACUUCAUGGGCUGGUUUGAGACCUCGGCAAAGGACAAUAUAAAUAUUGAUGAGGCAGGUGCCUUCCUUGUCAGACAAAUGAUGCUCUGCGACACCGGACUGUCCAAUGAAGAGCACCGCUGGGACGGGAUCAAAGUGAGCCAGGCUCCCGAGGAGAGUCAGAGCCAGUCAUUGUGCUGCUGGAGACCACGGUUCUGAGGCAAAGAGCCAAACUACUGCAGCGACCGGUUAAACGCUCUCUUUUUGACACUACGUUAUGAAUCCACAGCCACUGCAUACAAGCUAUUUGAGCCUGUGUUACACAUUAUCAGUAAGUUUAUAUUCAGAUUUCUGCCUUUCCAUUUCCUCAGUAAUGUGUAGACUGUGUGGGCUGCCUCAUAAACACCUCUGUGGAGACGAUUGAGCUCAUUUCUCUGAUAAUCCACCAAUACAGUCAGGCCAAUAAAGAAAUCAGCAUGACACACAUCCUGCUGGGAAAAGUCUGUGACACUCAUCUUAGAACUCAGACUUACUGGUGAUUGACCCGCCAUAAUGAGAGGCUAGAAACUGUGAAACAGUCACAACUGACAUUUCCCAAACUACAAAAUCAGCAAAAGAGAAAGUCUUAAAACAUUUCUGCAUGUGAAGCUGUUAAACAUUCCUCAUUAAAUGACAACCUAUUCAAUCUCAGCUCUGAGUGUUACUUGUCUGUUAUGCAACCC